GGACAUGUUUUAUCCUCGGUCCUUUCCGGCGGAAGCACGUGUAGUAAAGUUGACAUCGUUUGCACUGACCGUCGAUUAUGAAAUUAACAGAAGAAGAAACUAACACAAUGAAAACAGAAACUUGUAAAAAGGAAAAGAAAAUCAAGGAAAAAACAAAAGUGAAAAAGGAAAAGAAAUCAAAGAAAAAAGACAAAGCAAUCAAUGGACUAGAGGAGUCUGCACUAUCCAAUGACUGCACAGAGGAUCAAGCAAAAGUUGAUGACAAAACAGCAGUGAAGGAAUUAACACCUGAGGAAAAAAAUGGUGCAUUCGACAAUUUUAACAUAUCUGAACAGUCCCUAAAGAAACUAAGUGAAAGAGGAGUAACCUACUUAUUUCCUAUACAAGCCAAGACAUAUAACAUUGUGUAUGAAGGAAAAAAUCUGAUUGCGCAAGCACGGACUGGAACAGGCAAAACUCUGUCAUUUGCUCUGCCAUUGGUGGAGAUCCUACAGAAAUGUGACAAAACAAAGAAAACAGCUAGGGCACCAAAGGUUUUGGUUAUGGCCCCUACUAGAGAGUUAGCUAAACAAGUCUGUGAAGAUUUUUCUUCUGUUAGUACAAAUCUAUCAGCAUUCUGUAUAUAUGGUGGUUCACCCUAUGCACCACAAGAAUAUGCACUGAGAUCUGGAAUUGAUAUUCUGGUUGGGACACCUGGUAGAAUAUAUGAUCAUAUAGAAAGAGGAAAUCUUGAUCUUACUAAAUUAAAGCAUGUAGUGUUAGAUGAAGUGGACCAGAUGUUAGAUAUGGGUUUUGCUGAUAUGGUAGACAAUAUAUUACAGCAUGCCUAUGGUGCAGAGCAAGAGAAGAAACCACAGACCCUUCUUUUUUCUGCUACCUUGCCUCCAUGGGUUCAACAAACUGGCAAGAAAUAUUUUGGAGAUAAUGUGGAAAAAGUUGCUCUUGUUGGCAGUCAGGAAAAUCGUACAAGUAAAAAUGUAGAGCAUUUAGCCAUUAAAUGUAGUUACUUUGAUAGAGCUUCAACUAUUGGGGAUGUUAUUAAAGUUUAUAGUGGUAACCAUGGGCGAACUAUGGUCUUCUGUCAGACAAAACGUGAUGCAGAUGAGUUAGCAGUUAGUCCAUCUAUCAAACAGGACUGUGAAGUAUUACAUGGAGAUAUUCCACAGAUGAAAAGAGAAAGAGUACUCAAGAGUUUCAGAGAAGGUAAAUGCAAAGUAUUGAUAUCUACUGAUGUAGCAGCAAGAGGGUUAGACAUCCCAGAAAUUGACCUAGUAAUACAAUGUAGUCCACCAAAAGAUGUAGACUCUUACAUUCACAGAUCAGGUAGAACUGGCCGAGCAGGGAGAUCAGGGAUUUGUCUGUGUUUCUAUAAACCUCAGGAGGAAUAUGAUAUACAGUUAGUAGAAAGGAGAGCUAAUAUAAAAUUUAAGAAGAUAGGAGGACCAACAACAGAAGACAUUAUAAAAGCCUCAGCAACUGAUGCAGCAAGGUCAUUAGAACUGGUUGAUGAUGAAACAUUACAGUACUUCAGGGAAUCAGCACAAGCCUUGGUGGAGGAGAGAGGAGCAGUAGAUGCUGUUGCUGCCGCUCUAGCUGUUAUAUCAGGAAGCACAAAAAUUGUACCAAGGUCAUUGUUAUCUUCCAAGGAGGGUUUCACAACAUAUAUAUUUACAACAAACAUGGAAAUGAGAACAAUGAGUUAUGUUUGGAGGGCACUAGAGAAACAGUUACCAGAGGAAAUCAAAGAAAAAGCAAUGAGAAUGAGAUUUUGUAAAGACAAAAUGUCGAGUGUGUUUGAUUUACCAUCAGAGUUUGAAAGCGAGGUAGCAACAAAAUGGACUGAUACAAAUUUUGACACUUUACAAAAAGCUACAGCACUACCAGAACUUUUAGAAUCAGAAUCUAGUAACAAAGGAGGUUAUGGUAAUGGAUGGGGCAGUGGUGGAAGAGGAAGAGGUAGAGGACAAAGAGGGGGUGGAGGUUUUAGCAGAGGUUCAAGAGGAGGUGGAAGAGGAAUGUCAAAUGGAUUCUCAGGACAGAAAAGGAAAUUUGACUCUUCAAAUGGAGAGCCUCAGAAUAAAAAAAUUAGAUUUGAUUGAUGAUAGCCAUUUUAGUAGAACAUGUAAUUGUUAAAUGAAUUAUCAGACAACAUAGAAUUAUUAUAAUUUUGAAAAGGAGGUCAAAAUGAAUAGUGUGAAAAUAUAUUGGAAACAAAUGUCUGGAAUUAGCAUAAAUAUUCUUCAAUUUUUGGUAAUUUUUUUUCAGAAUAAUAAAGAGAUUAAGAAGUUUUAUUCACACUUUUGAAUAAUGAAUAUUGGACUAAACAUAAAAUUUGUUUUUGAUAGAAAAGGUUUUAAAGUGCAAUUGUUUAUUUUGAAGUCAGAUAAUAGUUUGUUGUAACCUAAUUUUUAUCAAUUUGUUGAUAUUAUAUUUAUUUACAAUAUCUAAUAAACACAUUUCCAUUUA